AUGGGGUGCUCAACUUUAAAACAACGUAGUGCUCCCUGGAUCAACGCCAUCAGGAACACUGGUCCUGUAUAUCCGUUGGAAGGUUCCCUUGAAGCAUCUGGCACACGAUUCUCGGGGUCAGCUAUCGAGCCCCAAAAACCCCAAAAGGUCAGUAUCUCAAACCCCGGGCCAAAGGGUCAUGAUCAUAAAAACCCACGGGCCCAAGAGGGCGCAUCAUCAAGACCCAAAAACCCAAAAAAGGUCAGUAUCAUCGGCCCCCCGGGCCCAAAGGGUGAUUACAUCAAACCCCCGGCCCAAAGGGUCAGCAUAUCGAGACCCAGGCCCCCAAGGGGUAUUAUCAUCAAGCCCCCACGGCCAAGAGGGUCAGAUCAUCGAGACCCACGGGCCCAAGGGGGUCAUUAUCAUCAAGACCCAGGGGCCAAGAGGGUCAUACAUCGAGACCCACACCCCAAGAGGGUCAGUACAUCAGCCCCACAGGCCCAAGGGGUCAUUAUCAUCAAACCACGGGCCCCCAAAGGGGUUUCCAUCAUCGGACCCACAGGCCCCGAGGGGGUCAGUAUCAUCGAGACCCACAGGUCCAAGAGGGUCAUACACGGCCCCGGGGGCCCCAAGAGGGCAUAUCAUGGGAACCCACACCAAAAGGGGGGUCAGUAUCAUCGGACCCACGGGCCCAAGGGUCAUAUCUCGAGACCCACACCCCCAGAGGGUCAGUAUCUCAAGACCCCCGGGCCCCAAGGGGGUCAGUAUCAUCGGACCACAGGCCAAAGGGUCAUAUCAUCGAGACCCGGGGGCCCCCAGAGGUCAUAUCACGAGACCCACAGGCCCAAGAGGGUCAGUUCAUCAAAGACCCCGGGCCCAAGAGGGUCUAUCAUCGAGACCACAGGCCCAAGAGUGCAUAUCAUCAGCCCCGCGGCCCCCAAGAGGGGCAAUCAUGGGGCCCCACAGGCUCAAGGGGGCAGCAUAUCGAAAACCCACCCCCCAAGAGGGUCGCAUCACAGCCCCCAAAGCCAAGAGGGUCUUAUCAUCAAGACCCACAGGCUCAAGAGGGUCAGUAUCUCAGACCCACCGCCAGGGGGGUCAUUAUCGGGAGACCCCACGCCAGGAGGGCAUUAUCAGCGAGACCCACGGGGCCCAAAGAGGGUCAUACUGAGCCCCACACCCCCAGGGGGUCAUUUCAGCGAGACCCAAGCCCGGGGGUCAGCAUAUCGGGGCCCACGGCCCAAAGGGGGUAUAUCAUCGAACCCACCCCAGGAGGGUCAUUUCACGAGACCCCACGCCCAGGGGGGUAUUAUCACGAGCCCCACGGCCCCAAAGAGGGUCGCAUCAGAACCCCGGCCCCAAGAGGUCAGUACAUCAAGACCCACGGGCCCAAGAGGGUCGAAAAUCAUCGGCCCCCACAGGCCCAAGAGGGUCUUAUCUCAAGACCCACGGCCCAAGGGGGGCAUUCAUCGAGCCCACAGGCCCAAGAGGUCAGUAUCAUCGAGACCCACAGGCUCAAAGGGGGGUCCCUCUCGAGACCCACAGGCCCAAGAGGGUCACAUCAUCAAGCCCACAAGCCCAAGAGGGUCAGUACAUCGGACCACGGGCCCCCAAGAGGUCAUUAUCACAAGCCCCGCAGGCCAAGGGGGUCGUAUCAUCAAAACCCACAGUCAAGAGGGUCACAUCAUCGAACCCAACCAAGAGGGUAAGCAUCAUCAAACCCACAACCCCAAAAGGGGGUCAUUUUCACAAAAACCCACAGGCUCAAGAGGGUCUAUCAUCGAGCCACACCCCCAGGAGGUCUUUCAGCGAGACCCGCGGCCCAAAGGGGGUCAUUAUAUCGGACCCACAGGAAAAGGGGGUCAGUAUCAGGGGGGGGACCCCCACCCCGGGGGUUUAUCACGAGCCCACACGCCAGGGGGGUCAUUACAGCGAGCCCCACAGGCCCAAGAGGGCGUAUCACGAGACCCACACGCCCGGGAGGGUUUUAUAGCGAGCCCCAAGGCCCAAAGGGUCAGCAUAUCAGGCCCAAGCCCAAAGGGUCGUAUACGAACCCCCCGGGGCCCGGGAGGGUCAUUAUCACGAGACCCACACCCCAGGAGGGUCUUUUAUCACGAGACCCACGGGCCCAAGAGGGUCAGCAUCAUCGAGACCCACGGCCCCAAGAGGUCAUAUCAUAAAGACCCACAGGCCAAGAGGGUCCAUCAUCGAGACCCCAGGCCCAAGAGAGUCGUAUCAUCCGACCCCAGGUCAAGGGGUCAUAUCAUCAAGCCCCAAGGGCCCCAAAGAGGGUCAUAUCAUCAAGCCCCCGGGCCCCAAGGGGGGUCACAUUAUCGGACUCACGGGCCCCCAGGGUCAGCAUCAUCAGCCCAUAGGCUCAAAGGGUCAGCAUCAAAAGACCCACAGCCAAGAGGGUCAGCAUCAUCGAGACCCCACAACCCAAGAGGGUCAGCCAUCGAGACCCCAGGCUCAAGAGGGCUAAAGAGGGUCGUAUCUAAAGCCCCACAGGCCCAAGAGGGCAGCAUCCAAGACCCACACCCCAAAAAGGGUCAGACAUCGAGCCCAAGGGCCCAAGAGGGUCGCAUCUCCAACCCACGGGCCCGAUACAAGACCACGGGUAGGGGGUCGUAUAAAAAGACCCACGGGCCCAAAGGGGGUCAGCAUCAUCGAGACCCACGGGCCCCAAAGGGUCAGUAUCAUCGAGACCCACAGGCCCAAGAGGGUCACAUCAUCAAGACCCAUAGGCUCAAGAAGGUCACCAUCAUCGAGACCCACAACCCCAAGGGGGUCAUACAUAAGACCCCAGGCCAAAAGGGGGCCAGUAUCAUCAAGCCCACGGGCCCAAGGGGGUCACACCAUCGAGACCAGGGGUCAGGGGGCACAUCAUCACCCCCGGGCCCAAAGGGGCCAGUAUCAUCAAGACCCAAGCCCAAGAGGGUCAGUAUCAUAAAGCCCCACGCCCAAGAGGGUCAUAUCCAAGCCCCGGGCCCCAAAAAGCACCAGUAUUUCGAGACCCCGGGCCCAAGAGGGUCGAUACGAGCCCCACGGGCCCCAGAGGGUCAGCAUAUCGAGCCCCACACCCAAGGGGGUCAUAUCAUAAAGACCCACGCCCAAAGAGGGUCAUAUCAUCAUUACCCACAGGCCAAGAGGUCAGCAUCAUCGAGCCCCAAGAGGUCAGCACUUUCGAGAACCCCAUGGGCCAAAGAGGUCAGCAUCAUCGGACCCACACCCCCAAGGGGGCCCGAUCUCAAGACCCACAGGCCAAAGGGGGUCACAUCAUCGAGCCCCCCACAGGCCCAAAGGGGGGGUCAGUAUCACGACCGCACAGGCCCAUAUCAAGAUUCCUCUUUUUCCAAGGCAUAA